AUGACGGUUAACAACUCAUUUCAGACCGUCUUCGCUGUACCAUUGUCUUGUAACGGCUGUGUCAAGGCUGUUUCAGACUCGCUUUACAAACUGAGAGGUGUUAGUAAAGUCGACGGAAACCUGGCCGAUCAAUUAAUCUCCGUCGAAGGAUUUGCCGCACCCUCUGCUAUUGUCGAGGCUAUUCAGGCAACAGGAAGAGAUGCAAUCCUCCGCGGAUCUGGCGCAUCGGACAGCGCCGCUGUUAGUAUACUUGAAACGUUUACAGACAGAAUGAAAACACAGGAUGAAGAUGGAAACCGAGAGGUCAGGGGAUUGGCGAGAAUGGUACAGGUUGGUUCUGGAAAAACUCUUGUGGAUCUAACCAUUCGAGGAGUUGCCCCAGGAAGCUACAAUGCCACCAUACGAGAGUAUGGGGAUCUUCAAUCUGGAGCCGAAUCAACCGGGCCCGUCUGGGCUGGAAACCAGUCUGAGCCUAAGGGUGUUUUGGGGAAGAUUGAAGUUGGCCAGGAUGGUCGUGGAACCGCCUUCGUUGAUCAUCCAUUUCAGAUUUGGGAAAUAAUUGGCCAUGCCAUGGUUCUUACGAAGCAGGACGAGGCUAACGGGCCGCUCCAAAAUGAUGACAACACAGUGGUUGGAGUUAUUGCCCGCAGCGCGGGCGUCUGGGAUAACGACAAAACUGUGUGCUCCUGCACUGGGAAGACGUUGUGGGAGGAAAGGAAGGAUGAAGUUCGAAAAGGUAUGUUGUAG